AGCAAAUUUCUUUCAAGGAAAAGCCAUUGUAAACACAGUUAUGUCAUUCUGAAAACCUUUUGUUUGUGUUUGUUCACUACGCCCUGUAGAAAUUGGAAGAAAGGUGAAUGUUAAAGGCAUAGCUCACCCAAAGUGAAAAUGGUAAUUGUUUCCUCACCUUUAAUGUAAUUCCAAACCUGCCUGACCUUAUUUCUUUGGUAUAACAUACAAGGAUACAUUUCGCAGAAUGAUCACUUUGCUGUUAUCUAAAAGAAAGCAUGGGGAUCAGGAACAGCAUUCACUUUCAUUGUAUGGAAAAGAGAAGCUUUUGUCUUUCAUAAAGGAAAGACAACAGUUAGAAAUCACAUGAGGGUGAGAAAAUUGUGACAUUUUGUAAGUGGAGAAAUUAUUCUUACAGUAUCAUUAUGUGUGUGAUAAUGGUGCUUCACCUUUAAAAAACAUAAACCCACAUACAGUAUUCUAUUACAGCAGAUAGUGAAGGGUUAACUAGAGAGGCUUUGCCCCACCUCCUCCCUCUCACGUGAAACAGAAUCUGUGUUUUCCCUCACUCUGCUCCCUGCUUCCACAAUGGCUGUUCGUCUUGCAGUGAGUUCUGCAGAAAGAAGGAUCAGAUUCGGUUUUCUGAGGCCCAUGACAGUGGCCACGGACAUCAGGAGAGGGGCAGUAGGUAAUGCUGCUGCUUCUGUCACUGUCCAGGACAGCCACGAGAAGCUUAAGACUGUAGCUGACCUCCCAGAGAUCAAAACCUUUAGGAUGAUGUACAGACUGAUCUUUAAACGAUACCUGAAUCGUUUGCAUGAGCUGCAGUUAUAUGAAAAACAGCUUUAUGGCCCUUUGUACAAAGUGAAUGCUGGAAACUUCCAAGCCAUUUCAGUAAACAGUGUGGACUUACUGGAGGAAAUCCUUAGAAAAGAUGAGAAGUUUCCUUGCAGAGGAGACAUGACUUUGUGGACAGAGUACCGUGACAUGAGAGGCAUUGGUUACGGCCCUUUCACAGAAGAAGGAGAGAAAUGGUACAAACUACGGACAGUGCUGAACAAACGCAUGCUGCACCCAAAGGACUCUGUUCAGUAUGGAGAUGUGGUCAAUGCAGUGGUCACAGACUUCAUCGAACGCAUUUAUUAUCUGCGGGAGAUGAGCCCCACUGGUGAUCUGGUCUCCAACUUGACCAAUGAGCUUUAUCGUUUUUCCCUUGAAGGUAUCUCAUCCAUUCUGUUUGAGACACGCAUUGGCUGCCUGGAGAAAGAAAUUCCGGCCGAGACGCAAGAUUUUAUUAAUUCUAUUGCACAGAUGUUCACCUACAGCAUGCCUGUGGUGUUCCUGCCAAACUGGACUCGAAAUUACUUGCCAUUUUGGCAGUGGUACAUUAAUGGCUGGGAGGGCAUAUUCAAAUUUGCCAGAAAAAUGAUAGACAUAAAGAUGGAGGCCAUACAGAAGCGUGUGGAUGCAAAUCAGGAGGUUGCUGGGGAGUAUCUCACUUACCUGCUUUCCAAUGUCAAGAUGAGCAGUAAAGAUGUGUAUGGAAGUAUUUCUGAGCUGCUUUUGGCUGGAGUGGACACAACCUCCAAUACUAUGCUGUGGGCGCUUUAUCUUCUCUCAAGAGAUCCAGAAGCUCAGGAGGCUCUGUAUCAGGACGUAACCAGAGUCUUAACUAGUGACAGAAUCCCAACAGCGCAGGAAGUGAACAGCAUGCCUUACCUCAAAGCCGUCGUCAAGGAAGCGCUAAGGAUGUACCCCGUAGUGCCCAUGAAUUCUCGUCUUAUUGCAGAAAAUGAUGUUGUCAUUGGAGGACACUUUUUUCCUAAAAAGACAACAUUCACUCUGUGCCACUAUGCAAUCAGCCAUGAUGAAAUCUUCCCAGAGCCACAAAAGUUCAAACCUGACCGCUGGCUCAGAGAUGGCAGAACAAGACCCAACCCAUUUGGGUCAAUUCCAUUUGGCUUUGGAGUCAGAGGCUGUGUUGGACGCCGCAUUGCUGAACUAGAGCUGUAUCUGGCUUUGGCAAGGCUAAUCAAGCUGUUUGAAAUCCGACCGGACCCAGCUGUAGGUGAGGUUAGGUCACUCAAUCGCACAGUGCUUGUGCCAGACAGACAGGUGAACCUUCACUUUGUGGAGAGACAGAAGACAUCUUCUGAACCAUAGCUGAAGAAUACCACCAUUUUAGCAAGAUAUAAGCUAUCUGUGUACAUGAUCAGUUAAAUGAAUCAUUUGAACAUGUCAACUUCUUUACCUCUGUCUGGAUAUAUUUCUAUUGUGCGUUUGGAUAUGUGUAAAGGACCCUGUAAAACACUGUGAUUUUUUUCCCAUGUAGUUUUGUAUAUAUCUCACCAUUCAGUUGUUGUUGUGAAUUGCAUUUCAUUAUGCUGGUACAUAUAAAUGUAUUAUAUGCAAUUAAAAAAACAAUUAAACUUU